AUGGCAGAUCAAAGCCUAUCCUCCCGAUCAUCUUUUACUAGUCAAACUAUCGAUACAGAAAAGGAACAUCGGAGUCAUUCCACACACCCAGACCCUUUGCACCGAAAUAACAAUGAUGAGAAAUUGCAGACGCAGGAGAUCGAAGCGAUAGCAAUGAAAACACUGAAAUUUGCUGACAACCUCGAAUCACAAGACAAUGGCAAGAGCAAGAAGCCAAAGAAAGAGAAAGAGUCUGCUGUCCCUAUUUACAGAUUAUUUCGAUUUGCUACUCCCCUUGAAGCGCUUAUGAUUUUUUGUGCCUGUAUCCUCUCUGCCGGCGUUGGUGCUGUGCAGCCCAUCUCUAUCAUUGUAUUUGGCAAAUUCAUGGGCACGCUGAGUGCUUCAAUUGCUUCUCAAGACUGGGCAACGUUAGCACGCGAAGCACAGCCUCUAAUCCUGACAUUUGUAUACAUGGCUACGGGUAACCUGUUUGGAGCUUACAUUACAAACUGUCUGUGGGUGCUCACUGGUAAGAACCAAGUGCGUCGUAUUCGUUGUCUGUAUGUACAUGCUGUUCUCCGUCAAGACAUGGGUUGGUUUGAUAAAGCAGAGGACGGCUCCCUUACUACCCGAUUAGCAGCUGGUACGCAAUUGAUUCAAGAUGGUAUCAGCGAAAAAUUUGGCUAUUUGGUCAUGUGCAUAGGGCAAUUCAUUGCAGGUUUCAUCAUCAGUUUUGUCAAGGGCUGGAGAUUAGCUGUUGUAAUGCUUGCUACUGUUCCUUUGAUGGCGCUUGUUGGCGGUGCUAUUGAUUACUUGAUUACAAAGUAUACACUCAGGGCCCAAGAUUCCUAUGCGCAUGCAGGCAGUGUCGCAGAACAAGUGUUUGCUGGUAUUCGCACCGUGUAUUCGUUCUCACUACAAAAGAGAUUUGCUGAUCUAUAUGAGAUCAGGCUGGAGAAGGCUAUGAAGGACGGCAUCAAACGUGGUUUAGCCCUGGGUAUUGGAUUUGGCGUGUUUAUGCUCAUCUUGUUUGGCACCUACGGUCUUUCCUUUUGGUAUGGCUCCAAGUUGACACGAGACGGUGUGAUGACUGGCGAAGACGUGCUCAUCGUCCAAUUUGCAAUGAUUAUGGGCGCCAUGGCACUUUUGAUGGUUCCUCAAAAUUUGGUGGCAGUGAGCAGUGCUUGCGGUGCAGCUUACCGAAUCUUUAGCACUAUUGAUCGUGUACCUGCCAUUGAUGUAGAUGCUCCUAAUGGUGUCGUACUUGACAAGCUCAAAGGCGAGAUUGAAUUCAAAGAUGUCAAGUUUAGUUACCCUACGCGUCCUGAUAUCACCAUCUUGAAGCAGCUUAAUCUCAAGAUCAAGCCUGGUAUGACUGUAGCCUUUUGUGGACCUUCGGGCUCUGGUAAAUCUACGAGUGUUCAGCUCUUGCAACGUUUUUAUGACCCGUUGGAAGGUGCUGUGCUUAUUGACGGCAAAGAUCUCAAGGAAUACAACGUGGCAUGGCUUCGUAGUCAGAUUGGUGUUGUGAGUCAAGAGCCUGUUUUAUUCAAUUCAACAAUCAAGCAAAAUUUACUGAUGGGUGUCACUGAAGAAGUGACAAACGAUGAAAUUGUUGCUGCAUGCAAGAAAUCUAACUGCCAUGCCUUCAUCUCUGAGCUUCCCGAUGGCUAUGAAACAAUCGUUGGCCAAUUUGGUGGUAUGCUGUCUGGUGGCCAGAAGCAACGAAUUGCCAUUGCUCGAGCUAUUCUCAAGAAUCCUUCGAUUCUUUUGUUGGACGAGGCUACGUCUGCUCUAGAUACUCAAUCAGAGCGCUUGGUGCAAUCUGCACUAGACGCUGCUGCUGCCGAUCGCACUACUAUCGUAAUUGCCCAUCGUCUGUCUACCAUUAGAAAUGCUGAUCUUAUUGUCGUCAUGCAAGCAGGUGAUUUGAUUGAGCAAGGCAACCACAACGACCUCUUGAAAUUGAAUGGUGUGUAUGCUGAUUUGGUUCGAAAGCAAGAGAUUGCCACUAGCAAAGUGGGAGAGGCUGUCCAUGAACCUGAUGCUGACGAACUACUGCAACGUGAACAACUGGCACUUGCUGUUGAGAAGCAACGCGCCGAUGAUGCCUUGGUCAACGAAAAGGAAACCAAUGUCAACCUGUUCAAGAUCACCAGUCGUGCUUCUGUGGAUGUCUAUGAACUCAAGCUUCGAAAAGAAAGACAGGAGCGUAAAGAUACAAAGAAAGAAAAGGCGCCUCUGGGCAAGGUUCUGAAGCAAAUGUAUCCUGAAUGGCCUAUGUUAGCUCUGGGUAUAUUGGGUGCUAUUAUUGCUGGUGCUAUCUUUCCUUGCUUCUCUCUAGUUUUUGCUCGCGUGGUCUCUGAUCUCAUUAAUCCUAAUCUCGGCUCGCCUGGACCCAUGCAAGGCACCAAUCUGUACUCCUUCCUAUUUCUUGUCAUUGCUAUUGUAGCUUUCAUUGGUUUUACACUACAGUAUGCCGCCUUUGAAAUGGCUGGUGAGCGAUACACAAAACGUCUUCGCGCCAACAUCUUUCGUGCUCUCAUCAAGAUGGAAGUCGCUUUCCAUGAUCAUCCCGAUAAUUCACUGGGCGCUCUGACCUCCAAGCUUGCUAUAGACUCCAAGAAUGUCAAUGACCUGGUAACCAAGACCAUGGGCGAUGUCACUCAGAUGAUUGUCACUGCCAUCACUGGUUUGGCAAUUGCGUUUUCUCAGAGCUGGAUGUUGACCCUGAUUGUCUUGUGUAUCUCUCCCUUUAUUGCUUUCGGUGCCUUUUUUGAAGCCCAAGUGGAAGUCGGGUUUGAAGACGCAACCCGUUCAGCUAAUGAGCAGAGCGGUGAAGUGGCCGGCGAAGCCAUCAAGGAAAUCCGCAUAGUAGCUGGUCUCAACAAGCAAUCUCACUUUGAAAGCAAGUACUACCAAGCUACCGCAUAUCCACACAAGCUGGCUCAGCGAAAGGCCUUCAAAUCGUCUGUAGGUUACGCUCUGCAACAGGCAGUUACCCUCUAUGCCUAUGCUAUCGCCUUUUAUGCCGGUGUUCAACUCAUGUUACGCCAUGGCCUUGCGUAUGAUAAAAUGUUUACUUGUAUGAUGGCUAUCAUGAUUACGGCUCAAGGUGUGGGUCGUGCUUUCAUGUUCAUGACCACCUACGCUAAAGCCAAGUACUCGUCUAUCGCUGCCUUCAAUAUCCUUGAGCGUCAGCCUCUCAUUGAUCCUGAGUUUGAAGGCAUUGAACCAUCUCGUUCUCUAAUCACGGGCCACGUUGAUCUGGAAGACAUCACUUUCCGUUAUCCUUCUCGUCCUGAUAUCUCCAUCUUUGAUGGCGAAUUCAAUUUUUAUAGUAAAGCUGGCCAAACCAUAGCCCUCGUUGGUCCAAGUGGUUGUGGUAAGUCAACCACUAUCGGCAUGCUUCAGCGAUGGUAUGAUCCUGUUGCUGGUUCGGUGCGCUUGGAUGACACUAACGUCAAGAGCUAUUCCCUUGGUAAUCUCCGUAGCCAUAUGGCCCUAGUUCAACAGGAGCCUGUCCUUUUUGACAUGAGUAUUUUGGAUAACAUCAAGUUUGGCGUCGAUGAUGGCAUUGAAGUCUCGCAACAACAAGUGGAAAGCGCGUGUAAAGCAGCCAAUAUCCACAACUUUAUCGUUUCCCUGCCUGAUAAAUAUGCGACUAGAGUAGGAGACAAAGCGAGCCAGCUUUCAGGAGGCCAAAAGCAAAGAGUUGCUAUUGCCCGAGCAUUGAUUCGCAAGCCCAAGGUGCUUUUGUUAGACGAAGCUACGUCGGCAUUAGACAGUGAAAGUGAGAAACUCGUACAGCAAGCCAUUGAUAGCAUCCUGGAAGAAGGAGGCCGCACAACUAUUACUAUUGCUCACCGCCUCUCCACAAUUCAAAAUGCUGAUCUCAUUUGUGUCGUCAAGGGCGGUCGUGUCAUUGAACAAGGUACACAUUGGGAGCUGUUAGACCUGAAGGGCGUUUACUUUGAUUUGGUGCGCCAGCAAUCAUUGAAUGCUCAUUAA